AUGUCUGCCAACGUAGUUGAGCGCAAGGUCGCUGCUGACCUAAACGUGGAUGCAUCCAGCGAUAGUGUAAUUAGUGAAGAGGUUCGCGCUGCACCCAACAAUUCAGCAACUGUGGAAAAACAGGCAUUGGCAGACGACGAGGAGAUUCAGCCCGAUCCUCCUGUAUACAAUCCCGAUGAUGACUACGAUAAGGAUGAGACGAGACACGACACGAUCAUCAUCACAGGUGCUGAUGCUGCCAAACAUCUGCUUCCGCUGCGAGACGAUCGCCAGCCAUCGUUGACCUUUCGAAGUAUCUUCUUAGCCACGGUUCUCUCUGGUUUCCAAGCUGUCAUGUCCCAGAUUUAUUGGUUCAAACCGACAUUCAUUACCAUUCAAGGGACGUUCAUCGUUAUCAUCGCCUACUUCCUUGGUCUGGCCUGGGCCAACUUUCUCCCGCGAGGCGAUCAUCUAGAAACACGAUGGAGAAACAACGGAGGACAAGGACAACUUCCUCGGUGGAUCAAAAUCAUCUCUUUCUUUAACUAUGGCCCGUGGAAUUUAAAGGAGCACGCUAUAUGCUCCAUUACUGCUACAUCUGCCUCAAAUGGCAUGGCAAGCAGUGAGGUAUUCGCGACGCAGAAACUGUUUUAUGAUCUGCCCCUAAGCGCCACAACGGUUAUCCUGAGUACGCUCUCGAUUGGUCUGUUUGGUUACGGUAUGGCUGGCAUCAUCCGUCCUAUUGCAGUCUGGCAUGAGGAGUCGGUCUAUUGGGGCACUCUUCCGAUCGUCAAGACUCUCCAGGGUCUACAUUGGCAGCAGGUUAAAAACUCAAAGCCCCUUCGCUACUUCUGGUAUGCCUUUGGAGGAAUGUUUGUCUACGAAUGGUUCCCGGCCUACAUUUGGCCGUGGCUAAAUUCCAUUUCUAUCCCCUGUCUUGCCUCCAUGCAUGCUACAGGAGAGAAAGCAGCUAUACUCACAAACAUCUUCGGUGGUUCUCUCCCCAACGAGGGGUUGGGGCUUUUCAACUUUGGAUUCGAUUGGCAAUACAUUACUUCCUUCCAAACAGCACUGCCUCUAAAAUUUCAAAUAAAUUCAAUAAUCGGGUUUUUGGUGUGCUAUAUAGCCAUGAUCGCCAUAUACUACGGCAAUGCCUGGGGUUCGAGAUCGCUACCGUUCAUGUCGUCCCGACUUCUCACGGCUAGCGGCAAAACCUAUCCCAUUUCCAAAGUCUUCCAAGGGGGCGUGCUUAACACAGAUGCUCUGGCAAAAUAUGGAAUUCCAAGACUCACAGGCAGCUUUGCGUACGGCAUGUUUAUGGCUAAUGCAGCUAUUGGAGCCAUGAUUGCCCACUGCAUCCUUUUCUGGGGCAAGGAUAUCCUCGUUUCGUUCAAGAAAACAAGACAAGGAACUUCCGACGAUCGCCAUCACGCACACAUGGUAAAGAACUACAAGGAAACACCAUCAUGGUGGUAUAUCGCCGUCCUUGUUAUCAGCUUUGUGCUCGGACUCGUUGUUGUCAUCAAGGAGAAUAUCACUCUACCGGUUUGGGCAUAUAUUAUCUCGCUCAUUCUCGGAAUGGUUAUUGGACCCUUUAGCGCUAUUUUGUAUGCUCGAUUCGGAAACGGCAUUGCUACCAACAAUUUGUCAAAAUUGGUUGGCGGUCUUUUAGUCCCCGGACGUCCCGUUGGCAACAUGUACUUUGCAGCUUGGUCGCACAAUGUCAUUACGAAUACGGUCAAUCUAUGCAAUGACUUGAAGAUGGGCGAAUACCUCAAAAUCCCUCCUCGUAUAAUGUUCAUCACGCAGAUAUAUGGCACGGUUCUCGGCUCGUUCGUUAAUUACGCCGUCAUGAUUUCCAUUGUAACCAGCAAUCAUGACAUCCUCGUCGAUGGCAAUGGUGACGCUUCCUGGAGCGGCGCAACUGUCCAGGGGUACAAUACUAAUGCUGCUUCAUGGGCAUUGGCGAAAUACCUAUACAAGUCGGGCACUACAUACUCAAUUGUACCUAUCGGUCUAGCCAUUGGUGCUGGUGCUGUCGUUAUUCAUCGUGUCGUGGUACAUUUCCUGCCUAAAAUCCGCGGCUUCUCGCUCGCGGAAUUCAAUUUCCCUCAAUUCAUCCAGUACGCCGGCUACAUCCCCUACAACUCUCCACAGACAUGCGUCAUCUUCAACCAACUUGCAUCCGGUGUCUUCGUGCAGUACUAUCUCCGAAACUACCACCCACGAAUCUUCAGGGACUAUUCGUACCUAGUCACGGGUGCCUUUGACGGUGCGAGUUUGUUGGUGCUAUUUAUUCUGUCAUUUGCUGUGUUUGGGGCUGGUGGUCCUUCGGUGCCGUUUCCGGCGUGGUGGGGGAAUAAUAUUAAUGGGAAUUAUGACUUUUGUCCGACGAGUGAUUAG